UCUCUCGCGCUGGAUGCCUCAGUUGAAGUGAGGAUAGGAUGAGAGUGAGAGCUGAGGAAGCGGCCGCUGUGGACCUUCUCUUAGUUUGUAAUGGAUUCACAUUGUUUGUGAAGGCUUGAGCUGCACUCCUCCGGGGAAUAAAAGCAGCGUGGUGAAUGUUUGGUGACGACUUCUCCUGCUCCGUGCACCAAGAUGGGGAACGGAUUAUCAGAUCAUCACUCUCUCUUCCCCUGCCUCCCUUCCUUCCAGGCUCUUCACAUUGUCAUUCUAGGACUGGACUGUGCAGGGAAGACCACCGUGCUGUAUCGCCUGCGUUUCAAUGAGUUUGUGAACACCGUCCCUACUAAGGGUUUUAACACAGAGAAGAUCAAAGUGUCAAUCAGUGGUAAGCGGCGGACAGUGUCCUUCCACUUCUGGGAUGUAGGUGGUCAGGAGAAGCUGCGGCCUCUGUGGCGCUCUUACACGCGCUGUGCCGAUGGCAUUGUGUUCGUGGUGGACUCAGUGGACACAGAGCGCAUCGAGGAGGCCAAGACCGAGCUGCACAAGAUCACCCGAUUGGCCGAGAACCAGGGCGUCCCGGUUCUGGUGGUGGCUAACAAACAGGACCUGAGGAACUCGCUCAGUCUGGCGGAGAUGGAGAGCAUGUUGGCUCUGCGCGAGCUCAGCGCGGCCACACCCUGGCAUCUCCAGCCGACGUGUGCCAUCAUCGGUGAGGGACUGCAGGAGGGUCUGCAGAAACUGCACGCCAUGAUCACCAAGAGGAGAAAGAUGCUGCGGCAACAGAAGAAGAAGAGAUGAUCUGGGAACUAUUAAAAAAAUGUGAGCUGGAUCUAAGGCUACACGAGAACUACUGUGAGCUGCGUACAAUCUGCUGGUUCAUUGUGUUUGCUAUGAAAGAGACACAAUUCCUCUCCAGUUAUUCGGCUGCCCCCCCCUCCCUCCUUCUUCCCUUUGAAGUCCGAUUGGCCGAGUUUGAGCAUUCCAGUGGAACUGUUGGGGUCAGCCAGCGUUUGGCUCCCACACAGGACAGAGGGAUUGAUUUUGCCCUGUGGACUUCUAAUGCCAACAUCCAUGUUCAGUAACAAGUCAUUCUAAAGGCAGUACAGUACAAUGCUACGCAGCAGCAAGCUAUGAAGUUUACACUGAAGUCUUAAAGAGGGACGAUGAGCUCUGACCUGUCUGUUUUAUGUUACUUGUUCAACUAUGUGCUGCUUUCCUGUUCAAAGACAGUUAGUCUUUCUAGUUUUUACUCAGUCAGAGCUUGUGCUGAGAUCGCAGACGGGGCUGUGUCAGAGGAAAGAUGUAGAGCUUUAAAAAAAAAAAACAUCAGGGUGAGAUGCACAGCACAAAAAUGCUCCAAAUGAUGAUUAGAUUAGCAUCGAUCUGCAAAGAGAAUAAGUAAUUAACAUUAUGAAUUUCGAUAUUCGGUAGUUUACUUUUUGUUA